AUGUACUCUGUAAGGAGUAUGCCCACUAUGAGAUACCGAGAGAAAAGAGAAGGUGAUGGACUUGAGGAUAUGACACAGUUGGCGAACCUCACAGAGAUGUCCGUUUUAAUUAACUUGAAGACUCGCUUCGACCAGGAACUAAUUUAUACAUAUAUUGGCAGUAUUCUGAUAUCAGUGAACCCAUACAAGCUGUUCAACAUCUAUGGCACAGAUGUGGUCCUCCAGUACGAAGGCCAUGGCUUAGGGGAGAAUCCACCUCAUCUUUUUGCAAUCGCUAACAUGGCCUACACAACAAUGAUGGACGUCAAGCGGAACCAGUGCAUUAUUGUCAGUGGGGAGAGUGGGUCCGGUAAGACAGAGGCUACCAAACUGGUCCUGAGGUAUCUCACUGCCAUUCAUCAUAAGAGAAACAUAACACAACAGAUCCUGGAAGCAACUCCUCUGCUGGAGUCCUUUGGGAAUGCCAAAACAGUGAGGAAUGACAACUCCAGUCGCUUUGGGAAGUUUGUGGAGAUUUUCCUGGAGGACGGAGUGAUAAGCGGUGCCAUAACCUCGCAGUAUCUACUGGAGAAGUCCAGGAUAGUUUUUCAGGCCAAAAGUGAGAGGAACUACCACAUCUUUUACGAGAUGCUGGCCGGACUCCCCACUCACCAGAGACAAGCCUUCUACCUGCAGGAAGCUGAAACCUAUUACUAUCUCAACCAAGGUGGCAACUGUCAGAUUAUGGGGAAGGAUGACGGGGAGGAUUUCUGGCGGUUACAGAGUGCCAUGGAGAUUCUCCAGUUCAGCCCUGAGGAUCAGAGCAAUGUGUUCAGAGUGCUGUCGUCUAUACUGCACCUGGGCAAUGUGUUUUUUCAAAGAAUUGAGACGGAGGUGCAGGAGACAGCGGGGGUAGUGAGCGCUCAGGAGAUCCGCGUAGUGGCCGAACUGCUUCAGAUCUCUCCUGAGGGCCUGCAAAGAGCCAUCACUUUUAAAGUCACGGAGGCAGUGAAAGAGAAAAUCUACACUCCACUGUCUGUAGAGAGUGCUGUUGAUGCCAGAGACGCUGUUGCCAAGAUCCUUUAUUCCCUGCUCUUUUGUUGGCUAACGGAGCGGAUCAAUGGUCGUGUUUACCCUAGGAAUGAGGCGCAGUCCAUAUCCAUAUUGGAUAUAUAUGGGUUUGAGGAGUUGACAGUUAACAGCUUUGAGCAGCUCUGCAUCAACUAUGCCAACGAGACGCUCCAGUACUUCUUUACAAAAAUUAUCCUCAAGCAAGAGCAGGAAGAGUACAUGCGAGAGCAGAUCGGAUGGAGGGAACUGUCCUUCACCGAUAACCAGGCGUGCAUAGACCUUAUUGCUUCAAAGCCUCAUGGGAUAUUUCGUAUUCUAGAUGACCAAAGCUGCUUUCCUCAGGCCACUGACCACACCUUCCUUCAGAAGUGCCACUAUCACCAUGGCGAAAAUCCGCUCUACUCCAGGCCAAAAAUGCCACUGCCAGAAUUCACUGUGAAGCACUACGCAGGCCGAGUGACGUAUCAGGUCCACAAGUUUCUGGAUAAGAAUUAUGAUCAGGUUCGGCAAGAGGUCCUGGACCUGUUCAUCAAGAGCCACAACAGUAUGGUUUCCAAUCUUUUCAUAAAGCAUGCCGAGACCCUGAACCAGCAGAAAGGGGGAAUGAAGAGAGAGAGCACAGUGACCCGGAGAUAUCAGCCGUCCACCGUCGCUGCCAAGUUCCAGCACUCUCUACAGGAGCUUUUGGACAAGAUGGAGAGGUGUAACCCGUUUUUUGUGCGCUGCAUAAAGCCAAAUAAUAAUAAGGAACCAGGUAUGUUUGACCCAGAGUUGGUGGCAACCCAGCUCCGAUAUUUAGGAAUCAUGGAUACUAUCCAGAUUAGGAAGGAAGGAUAUCCAGUCAGAGUGCCUUUCCCAAAGUUCUUAGACAGAUAUAAAGCACUGCUGGGACUGAAGACAGCCCUGCCUCCAGAUGGAGAUAACUGUGUACUUAUGCUAACAAAGCUCUGUCCAAUCCAAAAAGGAGAUUAUCAAGUGGGCGUGUCGAAGCUAUUUUUGAAAGAGGAAAUUUAUCAGCUGUUGGAAAGCAAGCGUGAUCGUGUGAGGCACAUAGCUGCACUGACGUUACAGCGGUACAUUCGCAUGUACUUCGCUCGUCAAAAAUUCCUCAAGUUCCGCCUGGUCAUGUCAAGACUUCAGUCCCACUGCCGAGGCUUCCUUGUAAGGCGCUGGUUUCUUCAGAUGCGUGUGAACCUGAUCAGGUUCCGCUCAAUGAUUCAGCUCAUUACCAACCGCAAACGCUACAUCAGGAUACAUGUCCUCCUGGCUAGAAGGGCAGAGGAGGAGAGGAGGAGACUGGAAGCGGAGCGAGCCAGUCGAGAGGUGAUUAAUGUAUCGCAGUUGGUGAUCCCUGCUGAACUGGGAGGACUGCUGCAGGCUACAGCAGCUGGUAGGGAGUUGCAUUCGGAGUGCUUGGCUCUGGUUCAGGCACCGAAAGUACAGGUUGACCAUCAGCUCACUCUGCCUCUGGAUAUCAACAACCAUCUAAUGACCAAAUACAUCCGCUCCAACUUUAGGGAGAUGGAGUUUGGGAUGCUGACAGCUCCUCUGGAGGCUCCUCUCACUCGUCUGGAGGAUGACCUAAAUCAAGAUGCUGUUGAUGUCUUUCUAUUGAUUCUGCGUUUCAUGGGAGACCCCAACUUAAAUGGUGCUCAAGAGAACCUGUUUGGAAACUACAUCAUCCAACGGGGCCUGGCCACCCCUCCAAUCAGGGAUGAAAUUUUGGCUCAGGUGGCCAAUCAGGUGUGGCGGAACGAAAACCAGCGCAAUGCGGAGAGAGGCUGGUUGCUGAUGGCGGCCUGUUUGAGUUCCUUUGCUCCGAGUGAGAAAAUGGAAAAGUAUCUCCUGAAGUUUGUUUCAGACUACGCUCUUAAUGGCUUUAAGGCACUGUGCCAGCACAAGCUGCUCCAGGCCAUGCAGAAGUCCCACCUGGGCCCAGAGGCAGCCCGCACCUACCCCCUCUCCUUGCUGGAGUGGACAGCCAACCGCAAGAAAGCCCACAUGGUCCUGCAGGUGCACUGCUUUGAUGGAGCAUCUUUUCUGUGUCCACUCCACUCCUGGACCAGAGGUGAGGACCUGGCCGGAGAUGUUCUGCAGCACAGAGGCGUGUCCUCAGAGGGUCGAUGUGGUUGGUCUGUGCUGAUGAAGGAGCCAGGCCAGUGGGUGGAGCUGGAGGGUCACGACUACGUGAUGGAUUUGGUGUGUGAUCUCGAGCUGCUUUCAGAGUUCCCCAAACAGAAAACUCACUUCAUCAUCUCUACACACGAUCCCAACAGAGCACGGCCCAAUGCAAGCAUAAGUCUUUUUGGAAGUGGAUUUGACGAGGAUGAGGAAGUGCCGCUCUCGUAUGCAAAUCGAGUCAGUGCUGUGGCAACCAACAGUCUGCCAAUCUCUGAAGGCCACUUCAGUCAUGAUGGAGAUUCAUUCUAUGAUGGCGCUCAUAAAGGAAUGGACCGCUAUCUGGACAGCCUGUUUGAUCCUGUACUGUCAGAGAGAAAUGGGGAUAUGGAUGCAUCUGUGCUGUCUGGCAGAAUGAAAGGAGGAGGGGGUGUGGGUGGUUUCCAAGGUACUGGAGUUCCAGCUGCUGCCAGCGUCCCUUAUUCAGCAGCUUUACACCCAGGAGCGGUGAGAGUGCUUCCGCCUAUUCCUGGAGCAGCGAUCAUGCCCAGUGUUCCCGCAGUGCCAGCUGUAGUGCCGGCUGUAGUGCCAGCUGCAGUGCCGGCUACUCCAGAUGCUAAUACUGUAAUGGCCCAGCAGCAGCAGGCUAUCAUCAACCAGCAAGCUGUCAUUAUGGCCCAGCAGAUGACCAUGCAGGCCAUGGCUAUGGUGACCAGCCCACCCAUGUCUCCACUUACCAGCCCACCCACCAGCCCACCCCCAACUCCUUACAACACCCUUCCCCCUAGCCCUUACCCUGCAAUCCCACCAAGCCCUUAUGCCAACAUCCCUCCCAGCCCGUAUGCCCAUGUCACCCCCUCAUCCUCCUACAGUGGUUCACUGGUCAGCCCCUACCCCAGCGCAACCCCAAACCCAGUGCCUUCAUCCCCCACCAGCCCUGAAACUCAGAGUCCAACCAGUCAAAUCGGCCCACUGAAGACCCCUCAGCUACGGAAAACCAUUCCAGCACAGGGAUCUAAGGGGAGUUUUGGAAAGAAGCAAGCUCCGCCUACUCCAGUCAAACCAAUUACCAUAGACAACAAGCCUGCCAAGAAACACACAAUCUCUGGACCAAAGCGUGAACCUCCAGCUCCAGCUACAGAAGUGGUUAAAUAUUCUCUCUCCAACUCUGAGCACAUUGUUCCCAGCCACAACAUAAAGGACAUCAUCAGACAGUACCAAACCCCACCCCCAGAGCCAGCGCCGGAGAAUAGGAGGAGGGAACGCAAAGGUUUUGUGAAAAAGAAGAAUCCCCACGAUGAAGCCAUGCAGAUUCUACAAUCCCAGAUGGAUAACCCACCUCCACCACAGAGAAUAGCCCCAGCUCCAAUACCUGGAUCAAGAGAACCCGGUCUUAAACCAACUAAGAGCACAAAGAAGAAAGCACCAGAACCCCCACUAUAUAUGCCACCCCCACCCGAUCCAGUGUCCAGAGAUCUGCCAGUGGAAUUAGAAACCAUUCAAACACAGCUCCAUCGUAGCAGCACUGAAGAACACUACACAUACACAAAUGUACCUUGGAAGAUCUUCCUCAGGAAAGAGGUGUUCUACCCCAAGGACAGCUGGAAUCACCCUCUAGUGCUGGACAUCAUAUUCAAACAGAUUGUGACAGACACGUUUUCCGAAGCCUGCGUUCGAAUCACCAAAGAAGAGCGACUGAAGAUGAAGGCUUUGUUCACGCAACACAAAAUUGAUCAGAAUGCGGAUAUUCAGGACGAGAGUGUAAAGAAAGCUGUGGUGGCGGCUGCUCGGGAAUCAUGGGAUAUUUAUUUUUCUCGUCUUUUCCCUGCUUCAGGCAGUGUGGGCACUGGAGUUCAGGUGCUGGCGGUGUCUCACUCUGGUAUCAAACUUCUGAAAACAGUAAAAAGCAGCACCACAGCUCCAGAUUACUUCAGAGUACUUCGACCUUACAGCUACACUGAUAUUCUAUUCGUGACCAUCCCAUCUCCAAACAUGCUGGAGUUUAACCUGAUGAGUGAGAAGCUGAUCCUCUUCUCAGCUAAAGCUCCACAGAUCAAACACUUGGUCGACCUCUUCAUCUCCCAGCUCAAGAAGGACUCUGAAUAUGCUGUAGCUGAAAGGAAUUAUAUCACAGAGGACCGAGCUCUGCUGAGCUUCCAUAAAGGAGACAUCAUUCGUUUACAAGCCAUGGACGGAUUAGAGGAGGGUCAGUUGUAUGGAUGUGUGGUUAAAAAGAAGGUCAUCUACCUGGAGGAAAUGAAGAGAGACACAGCAGACUUUGGCUGGAGGUUUGGAGCAGUGAUGGGUCGCAGUGGUGCGUUUCCAUCCGACUGCGUUGUUCCUGUUGCAGCUCCAGAUUUUCUGAGUCUGCCUGUGGAGAGGAAAGGUGAACCGACGGACAGACAGAGCCGAAUGGUGGCAUCAGGAGCUGUCGCUCUCGCUGUAGCAUCCAGUGCUGCUGCACACGAACUGGACCCAACACUAGAGGGCGAUGAAUUUGGUGAUUUUGGUAAUCCUGAAGUUGAGGGGAGCAUCCUUCUGGACAGUCAGUACAACAUGGUGGAGUUUGCCAAGAAAUACUUCAGACAGUCGAAUGGGAGCAAAAGUGAUUCAUUCAGAGACAAAUCGAAGAAGGGCAAAGGGAAAGAUCCAGCAGAAAUGGUCAAAUUCAGCAAGACCCCGAUCCAGGAGUCCCUAAUUGAGUUCAAUGACCCCAACAUGAACAGAGUCGCUUCAGAUAUCUUCCUGGCCAUAAUGAAGUUCAUGGGGGACCAUCCUCUCCGAGGCCAAUCGGAACAUUUUGUACUCUGCACCUUUCUGAAGUUGAUUGGGGAGUACGGGCUGAUGAGGGAUGAAGCAUACUGCCAAGUUUUAAAACAGAUCACGGCCAACACCAGCUCCAAAACUGAUAGCUCUCAGAAGGGAUGGCGUCUGCUCUACACUCUCACAGCAUAUUGCCGCUGCUCAGAAGUGCUGAAACCUUUCCUGGUCAAAUUCUUACAGGACGCCUACAAAAGUCCAGGAGCUCUAUUUCAAGGUAUUGCUAAAGCAUGUGAGCAGAACCUAAGGAAGACCUUCCAGUUUGGUGGGAGGAGCGUGUUCCCCAGCAGCAUGGAACUCAAAGCUAUUAUGGCUGGUCGAAGCUCAAAGAGGCAGCUCUUUCUGUUCCCUGGAGGAAUUGAGCGGCACCUCAAGAUCAAAACCUGCUCUGUGGCUCUAGAUGUCAUAGAGGAGUUGUGUUAUGAGAUGUCUUUACAGAGACUGGAGGCCAUGGACGAGUACACCAUUUUCAUUGUUACAAACAGAGGUCAAAAUGUGCGGCCUCUGAAUAAGAGGGAAUACAUCCUGGACAUCGCCACAGAGGCAGAGCAGAUUGACAGCAACUACAGCUUCUGGUUCCGUCGGGUUAUUUGGGCUCAACCCCUCAAGUUUGACAACGAACUCAGCGUCACAAUUCACUACAAUCAAGUUCUUCCAGACUAUCUGAAGGGUUUGCUGAACGUUUUGCCGCCAGGGAAGGUCAGCGAGCAGCAGUUUAACCAGAUUGCCAAACUUGCAGCUUUGCAGCACAGAACCAAGGACAGCCUCUAUGCACCGACUAUCCAUGAGAUAGUGGAGUACAUCCCAGCCCAGCUGUUUACCAGACAGGGCCCUCAGCAGUGGCUGCACCUGGUGGCGCAGCACACUCACGCCGUCCAGAGCCUCAAUCCUCACCAGGCCAGAUCACAGUUCCUCGGGCUGGUGUGUGCAUUCCCCAUGUUUGGAUCGUCCUUCUUCUACAUCCUUAGUAGCAGCAACAGCACAAUCCCCACCCCCUGCAUCCUGGCUGUCAAUCAAAAUGGCCUCCACUUCCUGGAUACAGACACUCAUGAGGUUUUAGUGAAGUUUCCACUGAAGCUGGUUCAGUCAACACACACCCAGCGGCCUACUGCAGGAACAAGCUACCCUUAUGUGGACAUCUUGCUAGGGGAGAUGACAAACCCCAGGGUCACCCAGUUACAGCUGGAGCAGGGUUUGGAGCUUUGUCGGGUCAUGGCCAUGCACAUUGAGAAUCUGCUGUCACUCCGACAGAAGAGGCUCACGCUGCCUCCCAGUGAAAUCACCCUCCUCUAACACAUUUUAUAUACAUCACAUUAACAUAACAGUCAGCCAUAACAUUAAAACCACUUGUUUAAUAUUGGUAGAUCUCCCUUGUACAACCAGAUCAUCUCUAACCAUUCAAAGCAUGAGCUCCACAGGAUGUCCUCAGAAGAUUUCCUGUGGUAUCUGGCACCAAAAUUAUUAUUAUUUCAGUAAUUCAGUUGGAAAUGUGAAACUUAUAUAUUAUAUAGAUGUAUUACACACAGAGUGAUCUAUUUUAAGUGUUUAUUUAUUUUAUUGUUGAUGAUUUUGGCUUACAGCCAAUUAAAAAAAACUAAAUCAGUGUCUCAGAAAAUUUUAAUAUUGUAUAAGAACAAUUAGAACUUUUGGCAGUGUAGGCAGUGUGUCAAGUCCUGCUGGAAAAUGAAAUCUCCAUAAAAGUUGUCAACAGAGGGAAGCAUGAAGUGCUUAAGAUUUUCUAGGAAAACACUGCACUGACUUAGGACCAACACAAGCAGAUGGCAUGACUCUCCAAUCUGAUUUUUCUAUCUAUAAUCAUCAACAAUAAAAUGAAUAAACUAAAUCACUCUGUGUGUAAUAGAUCUAUAUAAUAUAUGAGUUUCACAUUUUUAACUAAAUUACUGAAAUAAAUUAACUUUUAAUGACGUUUUUAGAUGCACUAGAAGUACUCACCCCUUAACAGCUGCUGCUGUAACCUGUGUUAUUCACUUUCCCUGUCAGUGGUUUUAAUGUUACAGCUAAUCAGUGUGUAUAAUGUGUAAGUAUUUUUGCUACAAUCUUAUAAACUCAGGGGUAAAAUAGUUUGACUAUUUGACUAAAUAGUAGUGAAAUAUCAGUACUGCAUUUUCUGUGAUCAUCAAAAAAUGGGUUGGAACCAAACAUCAAUGGCAAAUUAGUCUUUAAUGUCUUUCAAGCAACACAAUGACUAUAAAUAUGCAGUGGUUAAAGAAAAUAUAUGGCAGGGCUGACAUGCUUGGAAAUGACAAUUUAAGUUAUUUACAGUAUUUUGUUAUAUCCACAAAAUACCGUGAACUAUAGCUUCCUUUCUUUAAUAAGCACUCACAUGGUUGGAAAUUACAGGGAACAGAAAAAAGAGAGCAGAAUCUGACAGGGAGAAUAGAAACAGAAAGAGUGAGCAUUGAUGAGAGUUAUGGAGUGUCUGGUCCUGUUUAUACAGCAAAAAAAAAAAAAACAUGUCAAAGGACCUGUGAUUAACCCUGUGAUUACAUUAGCAGGCAGUGAGGAGGCCAGUCCUUGUCACAUGGAAGAGGCUAAUUUGUAGUUUGAUUUAGCAACAACACGACAACAGGUCAGAAAUCUAAUUUAGGGUUUUCUAAACUUUAUGAGAACAAGCUAUGCUGGAGUGGAGCAACAGUCUAAGUGCUUGGGUCUAUUAAAUGCCUCAGACCAAUUGAAAACAUAGGUUUUCCAAAGUUUCCAGUUUCUGUUUUUCCUCAAAACCUCCAUGAGGAGGCCUUUACUGUGGAUCUUCACUAACCAGCUGUUGAAUCAGUGUGAAUCAGAGCAAGCAAAACACUAGUGAUUUUAAUGGAAGUGUGCAAAUAUGUCAAAGGAUGACUUCAUACAUUUUUGCACAGUUAAUGGUUUUUAGAAGUAUUUUAAUCAAAACUGCUAUUGUGUCUUCCGUAUUUCUAAAAUCACUUGAUAACAGAUUACUGUCUGUUCACACACAUACCAGAUAUUAUAUCAGAUUACUUUUCCACAUUUAUAGUAUGUAUCUGCAAACGUCUUUAAGUCUUAGGCUUUCUGCAGCUUUUAUAUGAACAAUAUUUUUGUAUUAAUUUAUACACAGAUAUGUAUGUUAUAAUUUUAUGUUUUUGCAUCAUGUUUGUAUAAUUUAGUACAUGUUUACACACAGAGACACAUUCAUGAAAAGCAAAGCAAGAAAAGGGUAUUACUCAGGAUAAUUAAAAAUGAAUGUAAGAUUUUGCUUUUCUCUCUUGUAACUUGUGUAUUUUGAACUUACUAUUUAUUUUUGUAAAAGUCUGUACUUACAUCUGUGAAUUGAA